UCACAGGGGGAGUGUUGGUUAGUAAAUUGCUAAUGUUUACAUACAAUGAUGAUUAAUAAGGUGCAUUAUGUGUACGAUUUUCGGUUGUGUUUGAGUAAUUACUCGUAGAAAUGGCAGGGACGCAUUCAGAUGGAGAAGAAAGGUUAAACUGGAUAGAAUUCUGCGACAGACAAGCAAGAUCAGCAGCUGCGGAGUUCGCAAAAGCGUUUUGUACGUAUGUGAGCGUCAGUCUUCCAGAAAAUGCGAGGACAACUGUGUCACACAGAGAUUUCGUCAGAAAAUUCCUGGAUUGUUUCGUUGAUCAUUUUGAAAUUGAAUACUCUAGAAGAAGUUUGAUUAACCAAAAAGAUAAAUUCGUUAACGGCAACAACGUGUUCGCGGCAUCGUCUGCAAACGCUUUACGCGCUAACAGUCACGAAGAAUUUAGUGAUUACUCCGAACACGAAGCGGAUUCGCCAUCUCCGAAGACGCAGCACAAGCCUUUUUUCCGACGACUCUCUUUCAAGGGACUUAAAAAAGGUAAAGGUUUCUUCCAUAAACAACAUUCAGAUGAAGUUGAACUGUCAUCGCAUCAUCAUCACCAUCACCACCACCACCAUCAUGACAGACAUUCAAAACAUGAUAAACAUUCCAAAACAAAAUUAGCGAAAAUUGUAGUUGAGUGUAGGAAAGAGGGAAUAGUGAACUUUUUGAUGGGUGAAAAUAUCGAUGGAACACAAAAGUGGGAGAAGUGUCGCCUGGCAUUGGUGAAAACUGUUGGUGGCUAUAUGCUUGAGUUUUAUUCACCGCCUAAGGCAGUGAAACCAAAAAGUGGUGUCUUUUGCUUUCUUAUUACCGAAGCAAGAGAAACAACUGCUUUAGAAAUGCCGGAUCACGAGAAUACCUUCGUGUUAAAGGCGGAAAACAACAUGGAGUAUGUUAUCGAAGCACAUGAUACAGAUGACAUGCGGUCGUGGCUUGCCACAAUUAAAUACUGUAUGCGUUCUCCAAUGCCAACCAGUGAUAGUCAGGAUGGGAGCCGCAGUCUGCUAGUGAGCCAGAGUGAUUCAAGAGGUGUACCAAAGACUGAAGGUGCAGGAGAUGGUUUAAGCGCAGAAAACCCUCCUGAGCUGCCACCAAGACUUCAAGCAGCAGGACUCCCUCGUGUAGCAUCAGACACUCCGGGACUUCGUCUUUCCAGUAACAGUCAUUUUGAACUCUGUACGUCCCACACAGAUAUAGAGCAAACAGCUGCACCAGUUCCAGAAACGGAGGCAGAUUUAUCGACUGCACUUAAAGAGUACCCAUGGUUUCAUGGAACAUUGCCGAGAUCAGAUGCAGCUCAACUUGUCUUACGCGACGGAGCUGCCGCACAUGGUGUCUUUCUUGUGAGACAGAGUGAGACACGCAAGGGUGAAUUUGUGCUAACUUUCAACUUCCAGGGAAGAGCAAAGCAUUUACGAAUGACGCUCAGUGACCAAGGCCAGUGUCGUGUUCAACACCUCUGGUUUACCAGCAUCUUCGAUAUGCUGGAUCACUUCAGACAACAUCCAAUUCCACUAGAAUCAGGUGGCACGGCCGAUGUCACGCUGACUGAGUACGUGCUGCACUGCCUCCGGUCACUCCACCGUCCACGACGAGGCCUGUCGUGCCGUCCGCUGCGGCAACCUCGCCGGCCACCUCCUCCCCCAGAACCCAUCAGAGAAGUGAUAACAUAUGGAGGAUCAGUUCGAACAAGAACAGAAUCAUUAGAGAACUUGCAGCAGGAAAGACAAAGUGGAUCUGGUGGAUCAGUUGGUGCUGGACGUGCUGUAGAAAAUACUUACAGCUUUGUCUAAUGCAAUAUAACAAUGGACUGUGAGCGUCUGAAUCUUCUUCCUCUGCAUUCUGAUACCUGCUACUGAGUUAUCUUUUUUGUUGAUACAAAAGUGUACCGUUAAUUGUCACAAAGUUUCUUUGUGAAGUGUUUUAGUUAUGCAGUGUUCCUUGUCAGAUAUCUGAGAUGAGAGGUAUCUGCUCCUUAGUGGAGUAAACUCAGCGGUGUGUAUUUGGCUAGUUAAAAUUGUGUGCUGGACCUUUGAGCCUGUAGAAGACAUGCUUGUACAGUGGAAUUGGUUUUCCAAUAGAGGCAUGGACACUGGCCUUGCACAUCAUUUUAACUUGUCACAAGUGUAUAACCGAAAUGUAUAUAUCAAUUUUGCUUUGGCCGCAUAUGCCCAAUACCUGGUUUUUGUGCUGUGGUUGCAUUUUAAAAAGAAGUUUCAUGCAGCUCUGUUAUUUGUAAAUUAAUUUAUAUAGGUAUGGUAAUGUGGUACAAUAAUUAUUUUGUCAACACACAUCAACAACAACAAAAAAUUGGUCCGCCUCCGUAGCGCAGCGGUAGCUUUAGCGCCUAUCACACGAAGGGGCCCGGGUUCGAUUCCCGGCAGGGGACUGGGUGUUGUGUGUCCUUCAUCAUCAUUUUCAUCAUCAUUAACAUGCAAGUCGGCGAAGUGGCGUCAACUAAAAAGACUUACAACACGGCGGCCGAACCCCGAAGGGGAUAUCCCGGCCUAUAAAUGCCAUACGAUCAUUUCAUUUCAACAAAAAAUUGUGACUGAGGAAAUAGAGCAUUAAGAUUGUUUUCAUCAUAUCACUCGAUACAUCUUUUGUGGGAACAUAUUGGCUCAGAGCAUUGAAGAUAGAAUUUAUUUAGGAGUGUCAGUGGUGCAUGUAAGCUACUGCAUUAAUUAACCCAGGAAGAAAUGAAACCAACAGUAUCGGUGAAUGUUAUUUAAGUUAAUUGGUGUAUAUGUAUAUUUGUGUGAGCUGCUAUUUCUUGCCCAAACAGUAUCUGAAUAGUUGGUUUCCCACUGUUCUCUUUGCCCCCUCAGGACGGUAGUGGGGAUUUAGGGAAAGUAUUCAUUUUGCACAUUGUAAUUUUUAUGUUUUACAACUGCCUAAAAGUUGAGACAUUACUGUCACAAGCAGUUACUUUGCAUGUUUAAUUAGCAUUAUUAUGUAAUAUGUACAAACUGAGAUAAAAUGGUGCUAGAUACUCAGCAUUGCAUUAUUGUUCAAGAGUUUAACUCAGCUAAAGUAAGUUCAUAAUUAGUUUGAUUGUGAAUCUGGAAAAUACUCGGACAGUGGACAUUUGUUUCCAUAUUAUUUUUAUUGGAGGUAACAGGCUAUAUAUAGAGCAGGUUUUAAUAGUUAGAAGAAUGAAAAAAAGAAAUUGAUAAGCACUGUCACAGUUUGCACUGACAAACAUACACGAUGUGACCUCUCAUAUUGACUGCAACCAACCAAAGAGAUACAGAUCUGUUCAUUUGUUAAACAUAAGUAUUUCCACAUUUUUAAUUGCAAUAUAUGCUUGAACAGCAGCACUGCAUUGUUAAUGUUUCCUUUGAUUAGUAAAUAAGUGUACUUUACUAGUUGCCACUUCUCAUGGCAUAUUUAUUAGACGAGAGAAUGCAGUUGUACAGUGUGUUAAUUUAAUUUAUUUUUUAUACAAACAAUCUAUAUUAUACACUGAUAAAAGUAUGGUUCUACUUAUGAAAUUAACACAUGCAGUAGCAGAGAAAGAAAAACAGGAAAGUCAGUGGAUUCUGAAGGAAUGGCACCAUAAGAUUUUUCUUUUACCAGACAAGGGGGGUAGAUUUGGUAUGUAGUAAAAUGAAAUACUGACAUAAAAUUAUCCAAAUCCUGAAAAAAAUAGUUUAAUGAAUAAUUAUAAACACCUAGAAAUUUGAUCCUGCAUUGUUAGGAUUGAAAACCAAUCUUGGAUAUUGCAAAUUAUGUGGACAUCUGAGAAAAAAAAGAAUGAAGAUGAUAAAAAUUAAAUAACUGAGUGUGUGGUAAGUGUUGUCUUAAUAUCACAGAAUUUUCAUACUUGACAUGCCACAGUUUGGCUUGAAAAACAGUCUUUAACAUUUUAUUAUUGUCCUACAUUGUGUAUUCUCAUACUGUUUCCCACACUGUUGCCUCUUCAUCACUUUCUCUUGAAGAAAGAAGUUUUGGUUCCUAAAUUUUGGUAUUUCAUUUACUUCUUUUUUCCAACUGUGUUACUUCAAUAUCUAAUUACACAAAGAACUGUUUUAUCUGCAUUUAGAACUUAAUUUAUAUAAUUGUGCAUUUACUUCCAGUCACUGUAAAUUUCAGCUUUGCACGUAAAGCUAUUUUCAUAUUGGUCAGGAUGAUUAUAUGACUGGUGGUACACAACUUUACUGUUUUCUGAGGCACUGUUUCUUUCACUUCAGAUAACACACACAUUCAUAUUAUUAAUCAUACUUGUUCCUAAUACAAAACUAUGUUGCUUUCGCAUUCAAAUUCACGUGUAUAUAGAUAAUCAAGUGAAGCUUUUAAACCGUUGAUACAUGAAUACCAUAUACCAAAGCUAUAAGGUUAAAAAAAUGUAAAAUGAUGAACUCCUUUCUAAGUGGAGUCAUCACUUGUCUGUGAUGUGAUAUCAGUAUCUGUUAUGUCUAUCCUUCAAUAUGCAAGAAAAUGUUUUUCACCAAUAAAACAUUUUGCAGAGCUUGUUUUGACAUGUGCUACAUCAUAAAGUAGCACUUAAAUGAUGUGAGUAAAAUGAUCAGUAUUAUGCUAAUCUGGUGAUUGCAUUUGUAUAUAUUUUGUAGAUUACAUACAAAAAUGUGUUAUCAGUGUAUAAGUGUG